CAUUGUUUCGCGGAUCCCAAUGAUACGUGUCGAUCCGCGAUUAGUUCGUUUUUAAUUUUUUUUAAUCAAACAAAAGAUAAAAAAAAAAAAAAAUUAAGCACCCCAUUUGAGAUGCUAGGGUUAACGGUGCUCUAACUAAACCAUAUAUAAAUAUCCAGUCUACACAUCUAUACCACUCAAAAUACCAAGAGAAUAAAACUCUUCCAAAUAUCGAAGAUCAAUGGAGAGAGCAAAGUCUAGAAAGCCUCAUGCCAUGAUGAUACCAUACCCACUUCAAGGCCAUGUCAUCCCUUUUGUCCACUUAGCCAUCAAACUCGCUUCUCACGGCUUCACCAUCACUUUCGUCAACACUGACUGCAUCCACCACCACAUCUCCACCGCUCGCCAAGGUGACGCCGGAGAUAUUUUCUCCGAAGUUCGCAGCUACGGAAACCUUGACAUACGUUACACCACAGUGAGCGACGGCUUCCCUUUGGAGUUUGACCGGUCGCUUAACCAUGACCAAUUCUUCGAAGGCAUUCUCCACGUCUUCCCUGCCCACGUUGACGAUCUCAUCACCAAAAUCUCCCGCCGGGGUGAUGAUCCUCCGGUGACUUGCUUGAUCAACGACACGUUUUACGUUUGGUCAUCUAUGAUUUGCGAGAAACACAACCUUGUUAAUGUCUCGUUUUGGACCGAACCUGCCUUGGUCCUCAAUCUCUAUUAUCACUUGCAUCUCCUUAUAUCCAACUGUCAUUUCAAAUCUCUUGAUAAUCGUGAAGACGUGAUCGAUUACAUACCAGGAGUUAAGGCAAUAGACCCAAAAGACUUGAUGUCAUAUCUUCAAGUGAGCGACAAAGAUGUCGACACAAACACAGUGGUCUAUAGAAUAAUAUUCAAGGCCUUCACAGAUGUCAAGAAAGCAGAUUUCGUUUUGUGCAACACCGUACAAGAACUCGAACCAGACUCUCUCUCAGCUCUACAAGCCAACCAGCCGGUUUACGCCAUCGGUCCGGUUUUCUCAACCGAAUCAGUUGUCCCCACAAGCCUGUGGGCCGAGUCAGAUUGCACCGAGUGGCUCAAAGGACGCCCCACCGGAUCAGUCCUCUAUGUUUCGUUUGGUAGCUAUGCACAUGUUGGUAAGAAGGAGAUCGUGGAGAUAGCCCAUGGGCUUCUGCUUAGCGGGAUUAGUUUCAUUUGGGUUUUACGUCCAGAUAUAGUGGGCUCUGACGUGCCGGAUUUUCUUCCAACCGGGUUUAUGGACCAGGCCGAAGGUCGAGGCAUUGUGGUCCAGUGGUGCUGUCAGAAGGCAGUAAUCUCAAACCCGGUUAUUGGAGGGUUUUUGACACACUGUGGAUGGAAUUCGAUUCUAGAAAGCGUUUGGUGCGGUUUACCAUUGUUGUGUUAUCCGCUUUUAACCGAUCAGUUCACGAACCGGAAACUUGUGGUUGAUGAUUGGCGAAUUGGAAUUAACCUUUGUGAUAAGAAGAUGAUCACAAGGGAUGAAGUCUCAGUGAAUAUUAAACGGUUGAUGAACCAAGAAACUUCGAGUGAGCUGAGAAGCAACGUUGAGAAGGUUAAAUGUCAUAUUAAAGAUGCGGUUACUAGCGUUGGAUCUUCAGAGACAAAUUUUAACUCAUUCGUUGAUGAGGUCCGAGAUAAGAUAGAAACUAAACUGUGUCAUAUAAUGGGUAAGAAUAAGUCGAUCAGCUGAAGCUUAUGUAAUGGUAUGGUCAUUUAUGUAUUUUGCAUGCAAACCCUAUUAAUCACAUUAAGGAGCUUUAUGAAAAAACUACCUUAAACAUGAAUGAAAGUUUAUCUUAGGCA